GAAAGUGCCCAGGAAGAUGCUGAUAUCAACGAAAAUGGUCACAUUUCUGUGUGUUUCUCCCUCCGUCUCCUCUAUUUCACCAUGGCAGCUCUCCACCGACGGGACAUUAGCAAAGCGGGGUGUCAAGCUGUGUUCACUGAGUUAAAACGUCAUUGACAUGAAAGAGGAGAGUGUCUGUUUACUGUCUCCCUGUCGAGACAUGUAACACCGUGAGUUUUUUCCAGUCUGAAAUUUUCCAGCAUCUCUCACAACCCAACGUCUCCUUGAGUGAUUGAGUCAUUCACUCUUGUACCGGAGAAGGGAGGCAGAUCCGUUUCCAAUGGCUUCUGUGAGCCUUGUUUCCAGUCCCCCCACCCCUGUUCUUGACAAAAACAUGACAGACUCUGAGCUUGCAGGGGAUGAAAGAGAGGACGGCGAACUGGAAGACGGAGAAAUAGACGACGAGGGAAUCGGGAUUGAGGAGGAAGGCAAAGAACCCCAAGAGGUGCAUGAGGACAGGGUAAAGGAGCUGCAGAAGGAGAAAGAAAAGGAUAAAGGUAAAGACAGAGCUGACAAGACCCACAGGCACUCCAGGAAAAGAUACAAAAAGACACGAGAAAAAAAGAGGACCAAAAGGAGGAGGCGUGACAGACAAAAACACCACUCUCCCUCCAGCAGCUCCAGCACUGAUAGCUAUGACUCGGACUAUGACCGUCCAGAGAGGACCAAAAACAGGAAGGGCCAGGGAUCUAACAGAGAGUCCAACGGACAGCCCUCCCAGCACGGUCGGGAUUCGAAGGGCGGGCACGGCAAUUCGCAGAGGUCGCCGCAACACAAGGGCAGCGACUUUGACAAGUACAGCGAUUACAGUGACGACAAGUAUGACUACGAGGAAGAACAGGACGACUACAUGGACGAGAUGUCAGAGUAUCAGCACUCGAAAGACUCGUCCUCUGCCGGUCAGGGCAGGGGACGCCACGCUAAGGAGCAGAUGAAGAGGGCCAACAUGAGGGGGCUGCAGAAGCAUCCGUUCGGGCAGAGGGGACGAGGCAGAGGGGGCGGACCAGGCAGAGGACGUGGGAUGCUCAAUAAGAAUAAGAAGCUCAAGGGGAAAGGCUGGGGAGGACGAGGAAGAGGUCGAGGAGGAGAGCUGGGCGGGGACGGGAUGACACCAGACGGAAAAGGUUCUCCUGGUUUCCAGAAGAAACGCCCCAUAAUGAGCAAGGAGUUCAUCAAUCAACACACGGUUGAACACAAUGGCAGAUACAUCUGCAAAUAUUUCCUCGAGGGUCGAUGCAUCAAGGGGGAACAGUGUAAGUUUGAACAUGAGCUUGUUGUGCCAGAUAAGAAAAAGGAGCUCUGUAAAUUCUACCUCCAAGGAUACUGCAGUAAAGGAGAGAAUUGCAUUUACAUGCACAAUGAAUAUCCUUGCAAGUUCUUCCAUACAGGAGCGAAAUGUUAUCAGGGAGACAACUGCAAAUUCUCCCAUGAGGCUUUGACCGAUGUAACCAAAGAGCUGCUCGAUAAGAUAAUAAGUACCGAGGAGGAGAAUGCCCACGAGGAUGAAUUGGAGCUUGAGGACCUGAGGAAGCAGGGCAUUGCCCCACUACCAAAGCCUCCUCCAGGGGUGGGGCUGCUACCAACCCCUGGCCAAAACAGCCCACCAGAUGGAGCCUCUGGUCAAGGUGGAAAGAAGAUCCCGUCUCUGUUUGAAAUCAAGGUUCAGCCUACAGAUGACCUGGUACAAAAGAUUGCUUUUAGUGGCACAAACUUCCCCCCUGGAACCCAGUUUCAGGGAGAAGGCACCAACCAGUAUAGUGCUGGCCCAGAGGACACACAGAGUGGAAAUGUGAUGCCUUCAGGUCUCAGUGUGCCUUCUGUUCCCCCACCUGGGUCACCUGGUCCACCUGGUCCACCUGGUCCUAUGGGUCACCCGACAGGCCCACCCAUGCCACAGAGUCCCCCAGGACAACCACCACCACAUGGAUUUCCAAUGCAGUCCCCUCCUCUGCCUAGGCAGCCCCCACCCUUUCAUGGGAACCGACCCAAUAUCAACCCCCAGAUGAACAUGCAAAGGCCUCCGUUCCCUCCUGUGCCGGAUCUGCAGAUGCUACAGAGUCUCUUCCCUUUUCCAUCUUUGGGUCAGAACCCGGUAGAAUUCUUUAGCAAUAUCCUCAGAACCCAGGCCAUGGGUCAAGGAGUUGAUCCCAGUCUGGCCUUCAUUCAGAACCUUCAACAGCAGAUGGGUGCAGACUCACAGGUGCAGUCUUUACCACCAGCAGUGCAGAAAGCUCUCUUUUUACACCUGACCCAGCAGCAGCAGCAACUGCUUCCCCAACAACAACAGCAGCAGCUGCCACAGCAGCAGGGGAACGAGCUGCAGCGGUUGGAGGGCCAGGAUGAAACGAAUGUAAACCCAGAUGAAACUACAAACUGGUACUCCAGUGAUGAGGAGGGUGGGAACUGCGUCUCAUCCAUCCUGAAAUCUCUCAGUAAGCAGAAUGAGAUGCACCAGGGACAACCGUGUCAGUCCAAGCCCCCCCAACCCAUCACAGCAGCUCCUGCCCUGGAUGACCCAAGGCUGCUGAAGGAGAGAGCACCACCCAGUGACCCGCGCAUGAAGGUGGACCCACGACAGCGACCCCCAGACUUGAGGAAAGAGCCAGAUGGAGCCGUGGACCCGCGACUCCCCAGGGACCCCAGGAAGGGGAGACCUGCGGAGCCAAGCUCCUAUCGUCACCAGAACCCACCAGUUUCUCAUAAGCCUCCUACUGGGGAGGAGGAUGAGGAAGGAGAGCGUGAGCUCAGGGAUAGAGCUGCCCUGAUCCCUCUGGAUCCCAGCCCUGGUGUAGUGCUGCGAGACCCACGUUGCCAGCUAAAACAGUUCAGCCACAUCCGGGUGGACAUCCUACUGCAGAGACCAGCCUUUGCUCAGACAGUGGUAUGGGCCCCUGAGGAUCUCAUCCCUCUCCUGGUCCCUAAACAGGAACACUCCAUCAACUUGCCCCUCCCGCCCCUUAUUGCAGACGCUCAGAUGAACCGUACAAAUCUGGCCGAGGAUCCUCCAGUCACAACUCCACCACCCAUCGACCCAAGGCUGGCGGCUGCGCGUCUGAAGGAGGGUGUGGGUCGAUUGCCCGCCAGGACUCUGGAGUCUCGAUCUUCGACAGAGAGACCUCUUGACCCCUUACGCCAGCACAAGGCCAUGGAUCCUAGACUCAAACGUACGGGAAGUCUGGACUCUAAGCUGCCAGUACCGAAGGAGGUCUCCUCUCUUGGAGGUGUUGUCGACCCCAGGCUGCAGAGAGCCAGUGCUGGUUCCUCCCCGAAUACCGCCCGAGCCAAGCCUGAACCUGAGAGGCUGCCCCCAUAUGCCCCUCGUCUGGCCUCAUCUGGGGUAGGGUUGGAGAGUCCCACAACGAUACUAGGGGGUAUCAGCUUGUACGAUCCACGUAAUCAGGCUGAACAGGCCCAGAAGGACCAGGCAGAGCCUCGUAAAAAGGCAGGAAUCCUGAAACACCCGAAGAAAGAGAGUACCCCACCAUCCUCACUGUCACCAACACAGCGAAGAGGCUCAUCAGAAGAGGCAAAAAUUGUUGACAGUGCUUCAGAUGGAUCCCCCAGUCAGCCUCCAUUGGCAGCUCCCAGCAUGCCCGCAGUGCUGCCUGUUUCACCAGUCAAUCCCCCCGCAGUGCAUAACCUCCCCAUUCAGGCACUCGCUGGGCUCAUCCGACCCCAGUACACUGACCCCAGGCAGGCCAAACCAGGGGGGCAGGGCUCUGCGGGGCUACAAGAGGAGGAGCAAGAGAAGAGGGAGCCGAAGGAGGAAGGCAUGGAAGUCGAGGAACCAAAGCAGGAGGAACAUGUGUUGGAGGAGGAGGCAGACGAUAGGCCAUUGAAGGAUGUGUUCAAGACCUUUGAUCCCACUGCCUCUCCUUUCUGUCAGUAACACUGU